UUGCCAAUUGUUUAAUAAGCAACGUUGCAAUAUCUAUAUAUAUAUAUAUAUAUAAGCUGCGUCUCCAAGCUUAAGCUUACAUCUCACGCAAGCGUCGAAGAAUUCCAUUCGCCCCCGGCUGAUCGUCGAGCCACCUUCAGUUUCUUGCCGCUUGUUGCCGUCGGGCGGCGAGGAUGUCGACUCCGUCGAGGAAAAGGCUGAUGCGCGAUUUCAAGAGGCUGCAGCAGGAUCCUCCUGCUGGCAUUAGCGGCGCUCCCUAUGACAACAAUAUAAUGCUCUGGAAUGCUGUUAUAUUUGGUCCGGAUGACACUCCUUGGGAUGGAGGUACGUUUAAGUUGACACUGCAGUUUACAGAGGAUUAUCCAAACAAGCCACCAAUAGUGAGAUUUAUCUCAAGAAUGUUCCAUCCGAACAUUUAUGCAGAUGGAAGUAUUUGUUUGGAUAUUCUACAAAACCAGUGGAGUCCAAUAUAUGAUGCGGCUGCCAUACUUACAUCCAUUCAGUCACUGCUGUGUGAUCCAAAUCCAAACUCACCUGCAAAUUCAGAAGCUGCAAGGCUAUUUAGUGAGAACAAGCGUGAAUACAACCGGAAAGUCCGUGAGAUUGUUGAGCAAAGCUGGACUGCGGACUAAGUUCCUCUACUGUCCGGUGCUAUGGGAGGUAAUCAACUGCCGAGCAAGCUGAUUUAGACCCUAACUCUUCCUCCUGUAGGCUGGUGGUCUGUUUUUAUCUGGAAUGUCUUGUUUCAGUGUCAUUUCCAUAUUAAUAACAAAAUGUAAUUGGGAUGAUUUUGCUAUAUUAUUGUAAUGUUGGGACUUUAAGCUUCUCUACCAUGUUUUGUGUACUGUUGGUUGCA